AUGGCAAGGAAGAGAAAGGUUGGUGGAGUAGUGGAAGAGAGAAACCUAUGUGAGGGAACCAUGGCUUGGGAUGAGAUGAUGAAACAAGCUGCAGCACUCGGAGGAGUUCAAAGAGCCAGGAAGAGGUUUGUUGGAGUGAGGCAAAGGCCAUCAGGUAGAUGGGUGGCUGAGAUCAAAGAUACCAUUCAGAAGAUUAGAGUGUGGUUGGGGACUUUUGACACUGCUGAGGAAGCUGCAAGAGCCUAUGAUGAGGCUGCUUGUUUGCUUCGAGGUGCAAACACAAGGACAAACUUCUGGCCAUGUUCUCAACCCUCCACAAGUCCAGCUCUUUCCUCAAAGAUCACAAAUCUCCUCCUUCAAAGGCUUAAAGAAAGAAACAACAACACUUGUUCCUCUUCCUCCUCCUCCUCCUCCUCCACAUCACUUCUCAUCAACCACCAACAUAUGCAACAAGAAGUUGAUGUGUAUGGUGAUGGAACAACACAAUUCUCAAUUGACCAAUUCACUGAUUUCCUCAAUGACCCUGAAGACUAUAGCACAGGCAACAAUGAAUUCAUCAACAACAGUGCACAAAUCGACUAUAUUACUAGUAGUUUCGAAUCAUGUUUGACUGAAAAAGAUGAGGAGGGCAUAGAAAUGGAUGUGCAAUACAAAACCAGCAUUGUGACACCACAGACUCCAAGUAAUGACAGCAAUUCAGGAGUGGAGGACAGUGAAGAAGAAGGAACUGAUUUGGGUGUCCAAAGCACUAAUUUGGAUGUCCAUGAUUUUAGGUUUCUAGACAACAUUGCUCCUCCUAGUUACUAUUCUCCUUUUGAGAUGGCUGGAGAGAUGGAGGAGCCUGUGGAGCCAGAGAACUAUGGUGGUGAUGAGCCUUCAAUGCUCAGAGCCGUUAUGAAGAGAAUGACAUAUGAGAGGAAGUUCUCAGCCUCUCUCUAUGCCUUCAAUGGAAUACCUGAAUGCCUGAAGUUGAAACUUGAAUCAGGAAACAUGAAGGGAAGAGGACUAACUGAUCAAUUAACCAGCCUCCAAAUGGCUUGUAGCAGAAACAAACUUGAGAAGAAUGAGAAUGAGGAGGAGAAAGAGUACAUGGAAGCAGUGGAUAGGAAACAGGAAGAACACCAUCAACAAACAUCAACUGACAUGGAUUCUUCAAGUGUUGAUGCCGAACUGUUACUGUGGAAUUCACUAGAUCUUCCUCCAAUUUGCUUUGUUAACUUGCUAGAAAACGGUUCAUUCAAUUAG